GCCAUGGCUCAGGCCCCGUCUCGGGGCGGCCUCGGGGCCCGGCGCUUAAGCUUCUGGGGCCCCCCGACCCAGCGCCAGACCCACACCCCAACUGCCCUCCCGAUGGCCUCACCAACCACCUUCCCCUCUGUGGCCUCGGGGGUGGCUGAGAUGUCUCAGGGCCCGGAGCCGCCUCCGCCAGACCGCCCGCCGGGCCUAGACCGCGACCACCAGCCCGAAGGCCCCGGGGAGCUGGGUGCCCACAUACCCAGCAUGGUCACCGCAGACAUCGAUCAGGAGCCCGAGCCUGAGCCCCCGGAGCAGCUGGGGCGUCGUCAGGGCUCCCGGGACUAUGAGGAACAAGAAAGAGGAGGAGGUGGUGGUGGCAGCCAGGAAGGCCAGGAGAGCCUGCAGGAGGAGGAGGAUGAGCAGGAGGGGUGUGGCAGGUCACCCCAUCAGGGCCCAUCAUCAGAGGAUCAGGCCGAGGAGUUCCACUGCCCCAACUUCAGCACCCAGCAGCUGGAGGAGCUGGAGCGCAUUUUCCAGCACAACCACUACCCCAGCCCUAUGCUGCGACGGGACCUCGCAAGAAGCAUGGACGUGUCAGCCUCCCAAUUGAGGGUGUGGUUUAAGAACAGGAGGGCCAAAUGGAGGAAACGCCAGAGGGUGCUGCAGCUGCGAGCUCGCCGCCAUCAGCGCAGGGCACAGCGCAGGGCAACCAUCUACAACUGGAGACCCCAGUCCCAGUCCCCACGGCGGCAGGAGCCCCUCUGGUUCUACGUGGUUUCCCAGCCUCUGAGGCUGUGGUCCCCAGUGCCCAUGGGUCCUGUCCUACAUGCCCCCUAUGCAGCCCCCUUGGCUUCUCCCAUCUUUCCGCCCCUCUUUCCUCCUGUCCUGACUCCCUUCCCUCCUCUCUUCCCUCCGCCCUUCCUUCCACCCUACCUUCCCCUCUACCCGCCUCAGGCCAACUCUCCAGGUCUCCUUCCCUACCCUCCUGUCUUUCCUCCUCCAGGGCCACCCUUCAUCCUUCCUCCCGUGGCCCCCUUCACUGCUGGGCCCGUGUUUCCAGCCCCUCUACCUCCAUGCUGCCUGGCUGCCCUAGCCAGGUACUGGUACUAUGUUGCCGACGAGGAUGUCAUAUCCCCAGACGUCGGAGGGAGGAUUCCGUGACCUGGCUGCCAAGGCCCAGAGCCUGGUCCACAUUCUGUGCCCAAAAGCACAGCCAGCCAGUGCGUCUGUCCUUCCAGACUGUGUAUCAAUAAAGUCCGAACUCUGUGUGUGCA